AUGGCUCCCCAUCAGCUGUUAGAGCCGGUGACGCAUACGCCGGCGCCGCAAGGAGCGACUGAGGCCGUGGUUGGGGGAAAGGGAGCAGUACCAGAAGCAGAGGCAGAGCGAGGAGCGGGAGCAGUAGCCCACGAAAGUGCUCAUAAUCCAGCGGCCGACGCGACCACCUUGGUUCCGACAUCAUCACUGCCGUCGGGACACUUCUCGCAGGCGCCUGGUGCCGCCCACUCUAAUACUACGGUGCCUACCUCUACAGUCGCUACCGAUCUACACUCUUUGAUAUCGACGCCGGCGCCAGCUUCAAGCCACGGUGCGCCGGCCGACACUCUCAGCCAGCAGCACAACGGCUCGACACGGCGAUCGCCCGCGCCUGCUGCCGCCGCCAUGUCCAACCCGCCGCAGCAUCCAGGGCACCCUCGGCCGCCCGUCGGCUUCCCGAGCCCGACGUACAGCUCUCCAGGCAUGAACGCGCAUUAUGGGUACGCCAACGCGCCUGGGCAGCCGGGAGAUUUGUACCGAGGAAGUCCCAGCACGCCCGGGGGGAGCAAUCAUCCCAUGUCUCUGCCGAGCAUGCGCACGUUCGACCCUGUGCAGCAGCAGCAAGCGCAACAAGUCCCCAUGGCGCAGCAGAUGAUGCAGGUGCAGGCGAGUAUGGGGACGGGCAUGCCGUACUACGGACAGCCGGUCCCCAUGGCAGGGAAUCCUUACAGUCUUCCGCCCGACGUCAUGGGGCCCCGAUACGCGCUCCCGCCGAACGACCCUCGGGCCAUGAUGGGCAACCCACGGAACAAGAAGCCUCAAUCCCUGGCCGCACGCGAAGUCAAGUUCCUCGCUGCUCGUAGUACUGCAGCCUGCGGUUCGCGCAGCUUUGAAGCGCGCCCACGAAAGCCACGCUACAGCCCACCAAGCUCGGCAGCCAGUGACGCCAGGGCACAGGGCACCGGGGCACCGGGUCACCUGGAGCCUCCACACGGCCUCCAUCUUCUGUGCGACGAGCAACACCCGAUCUGCAAGAACUGCCAGAAGUCGAAGCGUGAGUGCUUGGGCUACGACCCCAUCUUCAAGCAGCAGCAGCAGCAGCAUCAUCCCGCAAGCAUCCAGCCCGCGCCGAACCACCCGGCUCCCGCCUCGGUGCCGUCCAACGGGCCUGCGCCGCCGCCUCCGCCGCCUCCCCAUCCGCCUCCGCACCCGCAUCCGCAUCCGCCCGCCGCAUCAGCGUCCGCCAUUGCAAACAGCUCGGCGCCAGCUUACGCAUCACUCCCGUCAGUGCUUCCAAAUUCUUAUCACUCUGGCACCUCCUCCUCCAGCAACACCCCUGGCCACUCGUAUGAGCCCGCCCGCUCCACCUCGCAGAACAUCAAGAGCGAGAACUUUGACUACGGUUCUGCCAUUGAUCCUGCGCUAGACAGCGUAGGUGCACCUCCGAGUACGUCGACACCUCACCUCCCACCUGCCAGGAAGCCAGUGGCGCCCAUCCCCAGUAGUCCUCUUGGCCAGAGGCUGUCGAACCACACCCCCAGUCUCAGAGGCGGUGGUCCUCUCCUUGUUUCUCAUCUGCACCACCCUGUCUCACACCACGCACAGUGCUUGCACCAGGACACCUCGGCUUACUUUGGGUCACCAGUCAAGAAGAUGCGCGUCAGUGAGCUCGUGAGUUGGGGCCGCAGCCCGCCCCCCAAGGCCGCCUUGCCGUUAUCCCAGGGCACCUACGACGAGAUCCGUAGUCUCUACGCCGACAUAUACGGCCCUGGACUGGAGAGUUUCUUUGAAUCCAGAUGGUUUACCGAGGAAUUUGCCUCUGACAUGGUCGUCUCGACCGAGGCCGUAGCGGAGCUACUGGCCGGCUUUCUGAGCAUCGUUGGGAAGACAGACCAAAACGAUAACUCAGCCAUGGCCGACUCUGCCAAUCUGGAGUUCCGGGUUGUGUGGGACCUCACGUGCCUAGUUUACUCGACGAUCCAGCCGAGAGUCAACCAGCCCAGUGUUAUUCCGCCCGAUAAUGACGGUCCCGAGGUUCGAAACCGCGUUGCCAUGUUCGAUGCUCUUCUGUCAGGCGACAGCCCGAAGGAGAACUCGCUGGUGCGGCCUCCCCCGCAGGGAGACUAUCACCGCCUCCGCGAGCUGGACUUCUGGUAUCACCUUGGCGAGUUCCUACUUGUCCAGCCGCCUGCAGGCCAAGCUCCCACUCCUGACAUGGUAACCCGCCGAGAUGCGAUUCUUUCUAGGAUGAGAACGCUGCUGGAUGGUCGGGAGAAUCGAGAUGUCCUUUACUCCAUCGCUGUGAUGCGUGCGCUGUCGCCGGGGUUUCCCCCUGAUUUUGAGAGUAGCCUGCCUCCGCACUUGGACGAGACAGACCCCAAGAGCAAGUUGGCUGUCGCCAGGAAGUUUAUACAGGAGGAGGCCAAGGUCACGGGCGGAACGACCAACAUCGUGCGACGCUUUUCCGAACUGGCCUCCAUGGCAUUUAUUCACCCCGGUACCAAUGUUACUCGAACUAGCUGA